ACUCCCCAAAAAACACAAGAAUCCUCAUCAGUCCUAAAGGAGACAUCAUGGAAGGGUUUGCUGUCAAUCUGACCUGCAGCAGCAGUGCUAACCCUCCCAUAGAGAAAUACGCCUGGUACAAAGUAAACGGCGGUCAGCCCUGGACCAAAGGCACUGUGCAAAAUCUCACCUUCCCUAGCGUGCGUUCCCAUCAUGCCGGAGAGUACUACUGUACUGCAUGGAACGUGUUCAGCAUGGGGACAUCGCCCACUAUUUCCCUUUCAGUUCUUUAUGCCCCCAAAAACACCUCUGUGUUGGCACGGCCUUCCACUGUGAUCGAAGCGGGCAGCUCGUUGACGCUGACCUGCAUCAGUCAGGCCAAUCCGGCGGUGGAGAACUACACCUGGCACCGGAUCAAUGCGGCUGACGCCUGGGAAACUCGAUCGGGUCCCAGCUACACCAUUGCUGAGGUCAGCCCUGGAGCCAGCGGCCAGUACUACUGCAAGGCCCGCAACCGCAUCGGAGCACACAGCUCCCCGGUUCUGACGGUGAAAGUUCGAGGACGACUGAAGGUGAUUGCAUUGGCAUCUGCAGUGGGUGUUUCUGUCGGAUUGAUCUCUCUGACUGUGGUUGUCAUGAUCAGUAAAAACAUGCAUCGCGUGGACACUGAAAAUCUUGAGGGAGAAAAACAGUGUUCACAAAUAGUUGACUUGCCAGUGGACAAUACUCUGUUUAGUGAAUCAACUUCAGAGACGUUUCUCCUCAAGGGCACGAAAAUGUCAGACAUUCCG